AUACGUGGCCUAAAAGUAUUUUAAAGCCAGGAUUAUAAAAAAAUUCCUUAAAAAAGAAAAAGAAAAGGAGGUAUAAAAGGAGAAUGACGGGAAAAAGAGAGAAAAUUCAAUCAUUAAUUUUCUUGUCUCCCAAACAAGAUCACAAAACCCUUUUUAUCGUGUUUAAUUUGUUGGAAUCUCACAACUGUCAACGGAAAAGAGUUUCGCAUUGCUGUGCGCCAAACAGGGCCUUAGAUCUGAAUGAGAACCCACAUUCUCUGGUUCAGAGAAUGUGCAUUCGAAUUCUAGAUCUUCAACUGUAAAUGUAGUGGAUUUUGUUUGGGAGUAAUAUAUGAUAUAAGCUUGAAUUGGAUUUGACUUGCGAAAGAAAAAGAAAAAGAAAAAGAAAACAGAAAAAAGAUGGUGUUUUGGGAAGGGUAUGUGACUGAUGAGGCAAUGGGGACCUUUGCCCCAAUUUUGGUUUACUGGUUGUAUGCGGGGUUAUAUCAGUUGUUGCCGCCUUUGGACAAUUACCGCUUGCAUACAAGAAGAGAAGAAGAUGAUAAGAACUCGGUUCCACUCCCCUCCGUUGUUAAAGGUGUUUUGCUUCAACAGCUUGUCCAGGCCACCGUUGCUCAGGGGCUCUUCUUGUUGACCUCAAAGGCAAAUAUCUCGGGGAUCACAGUUCAGCCCUCGAUACCCGUCCAGAUUGUGCAGAUUGUUAUCGCAAUGCUAGUCAUGGACACGUGGCAGUACUUUGUGCACCGCUACAUGCAUCAGAACAAGUUUUUGUACCGCCAUGUUCAUUCUCAGCACCACAGACUUGUUGUUCCAUAUGCCAUUGGAGCCCUUUAUAAUCACCCGCUUGAGGGUCUCUUGCUCGACACUUUCGGUGGGGCCAUCUCUUUUCUAGUCUCAGGGAUGACGGCACGGACGGCAGUUAUAUUCUUCUGUUUUGCAGUGAUUAAAACUGUUGAUGAUCACUGUGGACUUUGGUUGCCUGGUAAUAUCUUCCAUAUUUUAUUCCAGAACAAUACUGCUUAUCAUGACAUACAUCAUCAACUUCAAGGCUUGAAAUACAACUAUUCUCAGCCAUUCUUCCCUCUAUGGGAUAAACUUUUUGGGACCUACAUGCCUUAUAAUCUUGUGAAGAGACCUGAAGGGGGUUUUGAAGCAAGGGCAGUGAAGGCAAUGAAAGACUAGUUGAAUCACAACAAUCUGUCAGUUAACUAAUUCAAGCUCACUUCACGCAGGGAAAUUAUUUUGCUGAGGUUUUUUCAUCCUUGGGAAUCUGGAUUAGAAUUGUUAUAUCGAGUCUAUGUUCUAGGCUCUAGCAGGAGGGUUUUGUGGUCGAGUUAGUCCUUUUUUGGCUGUGGCAGUAUUUUGUCUUUGCUUGGUUGUGUUAAUUCCACCAACCUGCCUUAUCCAUUGUAAUUGUGAGAUUCUCGGCUGUCUAAUUUGUAGCAUAUUUGUUCAUGGUUAUGCAACAGUAGUUUUAAUUCAGCCUGUCAAAAAUUGAUGUACUUGGAUUGGUAUGUGGUGUGUGAAGUUUAGAAAUUUUUUUUUAACAGAGUUGAACUAACACUGAA